GGCCGAUAUAAAAAUAAAUUUUGACUGUUUUUAAUCCCUACUGUGCGCCUAUCACUUGUUAUAAAAAUAAAAUUAAAUAUUGUCCCGCAGGGCUUGUCAGGAUUGUUAAUAAUAGAUUGUAGGGCAUUAUCCUCGUGGUUGAAAGGUUUAUAACUAUUAUCUAGUUUUGCUUUUUAUACAGGUUUCAGAUAUUGCAAUUGUUUGGCUAAAUUACAACUCAUUGAAUGUCAAUGACUUCAUUUUUAUCGAUAUACAAAUAUAUAUUUGUAAAAGUUAUAAAACGUUUUCAUUGUUUGUUUAUUGAAAAUAAACAACUUUCGACCAUGGGGAUAACGUCCUAUUAAGUAUUAUGUAGUUUUGCCAUGGAGAUACUGUCGUGUAGGGUUAACGUGAUGAUUAUGGAGAUAUCGUCUGCACACAUGCACAAGUUACAGACAAUACUGGUGGUUCCUUUCACGAAGUUGUUUGGGCACAGUUUACACCCUUCAAGAUUUCGACAUAACGCCAAGCAACAAUGAAGUUGAUCCUGGUUCCACGGCAACUUUAAAUUGCAGGGUUAGAAACAGACGAGGAGAGUGUGCAUGGUUAAAAGAUGGAGAGGUUGUGGGUAGGAUAAGCAAUAAAUUUAUCUUUGAAAAAGAACCUUCAGACGGAGAUUGCAGCAUUCGAAUUAUAAAUGCUAAUUUGGAGAUGGACGAUGGAUAUUGGCAAUGCCAAGUCACCCAAACUUCCUUAGAAGACCCCACAUUAAAGUCUGAAAAAGUUAAGCUGACUGUACGAGAAACUCCUCGACCACCACAACUAGAAGACAGUACUAUUCAGAUUCAACCAGGUAGCAAUUUCACCACAAAGGUAGGACAGCCUACAAAAUUGAAUUGUGUGUCCAGAAAGGGAAACCCUCCAGCAGAGUUGAAGUGGUUUCUUGAGGAUGAAGAGAUAACAGCCAUGGCCAAUCAGACCAACACAACCGAUAUUGAAAAGCAUAAAACGUGGCAGGCUGUCAGUAUCCUGUACUACACAUUUCAAAAGAUUCAUAAUGGCAAGCUGUUAAGAUGCGUGGCCCUUCACAAAGGUUAUGAUACCAACUCGCGGGAAACCCAUGCUCGUCUGGACUUGCAAUAUCCCCCAGAAAUCCAAUUAGAGGGUAACCCGAAAGAGGAAGUUGAGGAAGGCAAGUCGCUUUCUCUCAGAUGUUUAGCAGAUGCUAAUCCAAAGGCUAGCAUUAUGUGGAAAAUAUCUGGUCAUGCCAAUGUGCACAGCAUCAAAGAGGAGCUAACUUUUUCUCCCAUUAGAAGAAGUGAUUCUGGAGUUUAUAGUUGUAGAGCAAAAAAUGAUGUUGGAGAGAGCAAGGAACUAGAAAUUACAGUGGAUGUGAUAUAUAAACCAGAAAUUAGAAAAAUUGAACCUUAUCCAUACGUGUCCCUUGCACUCUACAGUUCUACACAGCUGAUCUGCGAAGCUGCAGCUAAUCCAGAGCCACUAUAUACCUGGCUUCAGAAACUUCCUGGAGAAAUGCAGGCGUGGCAAGAGCGAGGAAACGAUGCACGUCUUAUUAUAACAAACAUCACGUAUAGCUUUCAAGGUCGAUACAUCUGUGAAGCAAGGAAUUACAUCAAGGGAAUAGAAUAUAAAGUUCAGUCUGAAGAGAUUAAACUGGAUGUCACUGGGCGUCCUCAAGUUAUUACCGACAUGACCGUAACGAAGGAUACUGUGGUUGUAGAGAAGAAUGAAGAUGCCACCAUCAGUGUUGAGUUCUGUUCUGAUCCUAAACCCGAUCGAGUGUUCUGGGAAUGGGGUAGUCUAAAACUGGACACCGGUUCAGAACUGGCCCGAUAUUCGGCAGAAGAAUAUAUGGAAAUCAGAGACCGAGAUGACUGUUAUGAAGCGAGACUGAUUAUAAGAAACGUUGAAGGCAGUGAUUCGAGGAAAUACACAAUUCACAUAGUGAACUUCAAAGGUGAAGAAGACUACGGUGUAACACUCAAAGUGAGAGAGCCCGUGUCUGUGUCAAUGGUGAUUGGUGUUGCAGUGGGAUGUAUCAUUGUUCUGGUAGUCCUGAUAGUUGUUGGCUUGUUUGUCCUCAAGAAACAUAAGUACUUAUUCAGAAGAAGCAAUGGUUUUAACCCAGACACAGAGAGUGAAAUGGGAGGCAGGAGGUCUGUCGAUAUUACACACAAUGGGAGAGCAGGAAAUGCAGUCGGAGCUAUACCUCCAGAUGCUCUUUAUAGCACUCCAAAGAAGCAGUCAAAUAAAAAGGUCGAGAACAAACACUACGAAAAUCUGAAGGUAAUACCUUUGCUUCUGUUACUGUAAUAUUAUUGAGUAUCAGCCUGACCAAUUCAAGGUAUUGAAGGUAAACUUUCCUUCCGUAGGUGCAAGUUUACCGUGAUGAGCCAUGUUAUUAUGAAACACGUGUAGUGUUGAUAGCGUAUUAUAAAACACUUGUUUACUUUAACUAAAGUUCUGA